CGCACCUCCCCAGAACAACAAUCCCACCUAGACGUUGCAGGAGCAAAAUCCAUCAAUUCAUCACUAAAACCGUUGUAUUUUGUUGGAUACAUUGUGUGAUUUAGUGCUUAGAGGAAUCUAAUACCUGCCUGUUUUGGUCGACGAUUGAUUUUGGAUGAUGUUUUUGUACUAGACAGUGAGCUCAGUUCACAAUGCCUUCUUCAAGCUCUAGAAAUGACAUGCUUUUAAAGUUUGUCCAGUCCGCUGAAUUUACAGCCCGACUGUGUGUUGCCUAUUUAUCUUUGUACCCUAAUCAUAUUGGGAUACAUCACUUUCUUUGUGAGAAACUCGGAACAUUCCCUUAUUAUGAAAUAGAAUUUUACCUUCCGCAAUUGAUUCAUCUCGUUCUCAACAUUACGUCCGAAAGUGUCGCUUUGGAAGAAUUUAUUAUUCGACAAUGUGAACUUAACACACAAUGUUCGCUUAUAACCUUUUGGUACUUGCAAGCAUACAUGUCGGAUUUGAGUCUUCAUCCUCACACUCGCGCCUUCCGUGUAUGCAAGCGUAUGUUUAAUCAGCUUCAAAUUUUGGUCUUCAUGUCCUCGUCCGUCCUUCAGGAUCAACAGAAAAUGCUUGAAAAUGUGUACCCGGCUUCCAUCUUUGCUGGUGUGGCUAAUGGGCGGGAUUGUUAUGCCGGAGCUCACUAAAAAAAUGGCCCCCCAGUAGCAAUUGCACAAGGGCCGUAAGGCCAAGGCACUAUGAUGACGAUGACACAAGCUCCAUCUCCACUCAAAAGAAUCUUCAUCCGUUACACGUUAUUCCCUUCGACAUUUCGCGUCCCUCCUUACCAAAGUUUUCCAGCUCAUCCUCUAAUGUGGCAUUACAUCCUCGCGUCCAAAGUUUGGUCCGCACCCAGUCGCACCAAUCUAUCAAUUUCCUGUCGUUAGAAGAGCAGCACCGUAUCUUACGUGCCAAUUAUUUUCAACAGGAGACACAGUUUCUAUAUGCAUUACAAGACAUCUCCAUUCGUUUAAUUAUCGUUCCUCGUGAAGCUCGACUCUCAGCUCUUCGCGCAGAACUUGCGUUGUUGAAUAACAAACUUCCUGCUGAUGUUAAUAUUCCCAUAAUGCGAACUUACUCCAAUGAGGUGAGUCAUCGCGUUGUAAGAAUUGAUGCUAAAGAAGCAACCGUCCUGAAUUCAGCGGAACGGGUACCAUUCCUGGUUACAAUUGAAGUCCUUAAUGCCGACUUGUCUCUGCAACCGAACACUCGGAAGAACAAAGCUAAGGUGCAAAAGUUACUUUCACAAAAACGACAGGUGAAACGCUAUUUUGACCUUUUUGACAAUGAGGGUUCAUCUUCUCCGGAAAUUGAUGUUGGAGGUGGUGAUUCCUCUGAAUCAGACGACGAAUACGGUGAUUUGGGUAUGUCUCCUAUGUUUAAUGUCCUACCUCAGGCAUCUACCUUUCCGCUAAAUUGCAUCGGCAAAGAAUUGUGGUUGCACGAUUCUACUUUCCAGAAGAACAACUUGACCCCUACCAGAGUUGAGGAGGAGGACGGCAGCAAGCGGACAUUCACCUUGCCAAUGAGAAAAUCUCUAAUGUGACGGCUCGAAUGCGUGCUGCGGCUGUCAUGCUUGCCCAGUUAGACUCAACAGGUGCCAAACGUCCCAAGAGCGAAACGGAUGCAAUUCGUCAUGGAAUUAUUGAGGAAAUGAGAAAAUUGGAAGAAGAACGUCUAAAUGAGUCUUCUGUGGCUUAUCCUAAUAACAUUGACCUGAGUCUUAUUGACAACGCACAUCCGCAGCUUUCCUCCAAGACAGAACGCAAAGGUGACCGUGAAGAUCCGAGUGCAGCGAUGUUCGCCGAAGACUGGUCUGUAAAAAAGGAACGUAUCCGCCGCUCAUCCCCCUAUGGUCACUUGCCCAACUGGGAUCUAAUCAGUGUUAUUGUCAAAACGGGAGCAGACUUACGCCAGGAGACAUUUGCAUGUCAACUCAUUUCUGUUUUCCAGAACGUAUGGGCUGCAUGCAAUGAGAAGGUUUGGGUUCGCUCCAUAAAGAUUUUGGUGACUGGUGACAACAGCGGCCUUGUUGAAACGAUUACGAACGCAAUCAGUAUUCACUCAAUUAAAAAGAACCUUACUCGCCAGAAAGCUAACGAGGCUAUCAUGAGGGGUCAUGAACCACCUCGUGAGGUUGCUUCUCUUAAGGAGUACUUUAUUCGACAGUUUGGUCCGGAGGACACAGAAUCCUAUAGAAAGGCCCAAACAAACUUCAUUCAAUCUUUGGUUGCAUACAGCGUGGUCUCGUAUGUGUUGCAAUUGAAGGAUCGUCACAACGGAAAUAUUCUGAUUGACACUGACGGGGUCACGUUGUGCAUAUUGAUUUUGGGGUUUUCUACUCACAAAUACACCGGGAAAAAUGUUGGUUUUGAAAGUGCCCCUUUAACUGACACUGGAUUAUGUAGAGAUUAUUGGUGACCGUUUCGACGAAUUCGGUGACCUUAUGAAGAGUGCCUUCAAGUCAAUGCGCAAAGAAGCGAACCAACUGUCUUUGCUCGUUGAGGUUAUGCAAAAGCACUCCAGCAUGCCCUGUUUCAGUGGUCGUGAAAGUGCUAGCACUCUAAUGAUGAAUCGCUUUCAACCCCAAAUGAGCGAUGCGGAAAUUGAUGUGUUUGUGGAUCAACUUAUCCAAAAAUCAAACAAUAGUGUUUGGACUCGUCUUUACGACCUCUUUCAAAAUUUGACCAACGGUAUCUACUAGAAACAACGCUCCUCAAGCUUCAGACACCUAUCAAAAGCCAUGGAAGCUGUUAACGGAUUUUCCCCUUUUUGUUUUCCUGAGCGUGAAACCGUUUUUUGCUUCCCUCAUCCACAUGUUCGCAAACGUUCGCCCCAUAUACAUUCGCAUCCAUGAUUGCAUGAGAUCAUUCAUGAACACUUAUUCAGACAUACACACUAAGAGAAGGACUUGUGGCAUCAAGCUAUCCAUUUUGUCUUCUUUUCCUUAAUGAUGCAUUGCAAUCUCGUACGUUAGACGACAAAAGCUACUGUUUUCUCUGUACUCGUUUUUAUGUCUCUUUCUCGACUGUUUUUUCUUCACGUCCCUUCUUAUGAUAGUGUGUUCGUUCGUUGCCCUCCUCAUUCAUGUCUCUAUAGCCUUCUAAACAUCCGUUGACAACUUCUACUGAAAUAGAAAUGAAUUUCCAUUACUAUUUAUU